GGGUUUCCACUAAACCCUUACAUCAAUAACUACUUACCUGGACAUCAAAUCCACAAACCAUCCUGCGCCGACAAUAUAAAAAAUAUCAUAGUGCAGUACCAGGUUCAAUCACCAGGGGCCUAAAGUCAAACUAACACAAACUUCUGUACCGUUCCUAUUGACCUGCCAAACAUUGUUGCAUCCCGUAUGACAGAUCUUGAUAUAUAUAUGUCACAGGGGAGAUUGGAAUCCGGGGGGAUCCGGAAUCCUCCUAGGGGAUAUUGGAAUUCCUAUCUCCCCUUCAGAUUCCCAUCAUGCAUCGGUCCAAUAUGGCUGCCUUCUAAUUCGCUCGUGAUUUCGUAUCUCGAAAAAUAAUUUGUUUGCAAGUUUUUGGCUAAGCUUCAUACACGUCCACCACUUGUAUCCGUCCCUGGUGACACAAGGAACAUUACGACUUUUUUUCGGACGUUUGGUGAAAUCGAGAACCUGCAGAGCCGAAGUCUUGCAGACACAGUCGGUGACGUUCCAAAAUGGCGCCGCCCAGCCCCCCUCCCCAAGAGCAGAGACAGCAGACAUCGGGGAGAGUCGAACCUGUAUUUGUGCAGACCUCUGACAUCGCCCUCAACAACGAAGACGAUCCUCUAAGCUGUCUUAAAAUCUGCCUAGCUGCUGAGGAUGUGUCCGGUCCCAUAUCGAUAAUUGGCGCACAACCGCAAGGAAGAGGAAACGCUUUUUGGCGGCUGUAUCCACAAUCCAUCGACGCACGCCUGAAGCUUAUUCAAGCCGGAGCGAUCACGCUACGAGGGCAGGAAGCAAGCCUGUUACAAAAAAACCCACAUGUUGUCCGACAAGCCGCAACCUCAACAAGAGUCGUAUGCAGGAAGCCUGGUCACAAGCGUGGUGACCCUGCAUGCAGCCUUGACAUAGACUCUGAUGGUGAGCAGCCAGAUGGCGAGCAGCUAGAUGGUGGGCAGUUAGAUGGUGAGCAGUCAGAUGGUAGCUGUGGAAGUGACGAGCAGAGCAGAGACACCUCUCCUGGCAUCGAAGAACCACCAACAUCAGCACCAUGUAUCACGGUACCCUACACAAGAAGCAGAAGCAAGAAUCGCAGACACAAGAACUCUGAUAAACACAGUAAACAAAAGAAGGGUGAUGACAGCUCUAAAGACAAGCCCUAGGGAACAUGUAAGCCAUCAGACUCUGGACAGCCUACAAUAGAAAACUGGCUCAAGGAUCAGAGACAGUUGCAUGGUAAACAGAAACAAAGCACUAAGAACACUAGCAAUUGUGUAUUAUUUUUAUCAACAUGUCAGGUAAAUUCUUCUCAAACAAUACCCAUCCAUCUCUUUCAGUAAGAUGGGACUGGAAAAAUUGAAACUAAUAUCAUUAAAUUGUAGAGGAUUAAGAAAUUAUAGCAAACGAAAUCAAAUACUAUUAUGGUUGAAACAAAAAAAGCUGAUAUAUGCCUUUUACAAGAAACAUACCUGACAAGUGAUAUACAACAACGCAUAGAUAAGCAAUGGGGAGGCAAAACCAUACAUUCUUUUGGAACAAAUCACAGCAAAAGUGUCAGUAUCCUUUUUAAUAAAAAAAACAUCAUUUGAUAUCCUUGAAUACAAAAUUGACAAUGAAGGAAGAAAAAUUCUUGUAAAUUUCACCUAUGAUAAGGAGACUUACACCUUGCUAUGUAUUUAUGCCCCCAAUGAUCCAAUAGAAAGAAGAAAUUUCUUGUGUGGUAUUCAAGACUGGAUCAAAGAUUGGACUCUCUAUCCAAUGCUUGUUGGUGGAGACUUCAAUGACGUAUUUGAUGCAAGCCUAGAUAAAAUAGGUGGAUCUGCAAAUGCGCAAAUGAAAAAAACCAAGCGUUAAAAGAUUUCUGUAGAUCUUUUGACUUAAUUGGCAUUUUCCGAACAUUACAUCCAAGACUUAAGAAGUAUACUUGGAAAAGAAGAACACCAGCAGUUGCCUGUAGACUUGAUUACUGGCUUGUAUCAAGCACACUUAUAAGAAAUAUUUCUAAAGCUGAACAUUAUCCAGCUAUAAGAAGUGAUCAUAAUGCUGUAUUCAUUGAACUGUAUACUAAGAAAGUACCACAGGGCAAUGGAAUUUGGAUGUUAAAUGUAAGCCACCUAAAUGAUCCUACCUACAAACAAGAGAUAGAAAAAAUUAUAACUGAUACAAAAAACGAAUUCAAAAGUCAUAAACCGAACCUUAUCUGGGAAAUCUGCAAAAUAAAUAUAAAGGAAUUUUCCAUUUCCUGGUCAAAACAAAAAGCAAAGGAAAGAAAUAUUGUAGAAAAAAAUCUGUUAAAUAAAUAAGAAGAAAUUGAGGAAAAAAUUGAUGAAAAUCUAGACACUCAUAUUCUAGCUGAGUAUGAUUUUACUAAGAAAAAAUUGGAAAAAAAAUUAUGAAGAUAGAGCCAAAGGAGAACAGAUCAGAGCAAAAACAAUACACAUUACUGAAGGAGAAAAACCCAGCAAGUAUUUUUUGAAUCUGGAAAAAAAGAAACAAGCACAAAAUUGUAUAACAUCAU